UGAAAUUUCGUGUUGUUUUUAGUUUCAUUGUGAAGCUAAAAUUCCAAGCUAUAAUUAUAGUGCAGUGUAUUAUCAAAGAAUUUUCAUUGAAAAAUUCAAAUUUCUGUUAAAUGUUAUCAUCUUCAUUUAAAUAAACUUUUAAUUGGUACAAGCCAUGUGAAAGAACAAAUCAUCUCGACUCUAUUCCCCUUUCACACAUGUUUCGUAAUUUUUUUGCUGAUGUGCGCUACACAUUUUGUAUCCCAGUGUGAAAUUGACUUUUCGAGUAACAGCAUAUUCUCCACCUUCUUAUCAUAACUGGAUUGGUAGCGACUCAAUCAACUUGUUUGUUCGCUUAAGCUGAUACGACUUGUCGUGUUGUUCACUAAAAAUGGACAGCAAUCAAGGUUACAGAUUGGAAAGAGACACCUUUGGAGAAUUAAAGGUGCCAUGUGAUAAAUAUUAUGGAGCACAAACCCUGCGAUCUGUUAUGAAUUUUCCCAUUGGCGACUCCUCGGAACGCAUGCCGCUCGGAGUGAUCGUGGGAAUGGGAAUACUGAAGAAAGCCGCUGCCGAAGUUAAUAAGGAAUUUGGACUGGAUGCGAAAGUUGCAGAUGCAAUAAGCAAAGCUGCGGAUGACGUGAUCAGCGGAAAACUCUACAAUGAUCACUUCCCCCUCGUUAUUUGGCAGACCGGAUCUGGCACUCAAAGCAACAUGAACACGAAUGAGGUCAUAGCGAAUCGUGCGAUUGAAAUUCUCGGCGGUGAGCUCGGCUCAAAAAGCCCCGUUCAUCCAAACGAUCACGUCAACAUGUCGCAGAGUUCGAAUGAUACUUUCCCGACAGCGAUGCACAUUGCAGUUGCUCUCGAAAUCAACAAGAUUUUGCUGCCGGGUCUGCAGCAGUUGCACGCAGCCUUGAAACAGAAGUCAGAGGAAUGGAAAGACAUUAUCAAAAUUGGAAGGACUCAUACGCAGGAUGCAGUUCCCUUAACGCUUGGGCAAGAAUUCUCUGGCUACGCGACGCAAAUUGAGUACGGAAUCGCAAGGGUGAAAGAUACAUUACCAAGACUUUAUCAAUUGGCUCUUGGUGGCACGGCUGUUGGUACCGGAUUGAAUACCAGAAAAGGAUUUGCUGAAAAAGCUGCUGCAAGAAUUGCCUGUUUGACGGGUUAUCCUUUUGUUACUGCACCCAAUAAAUUUGAAGCCUUGGCUGCCCACGAUGCGCUUGUUGAAGUUCAUGGGGCUCUAAACACCGUAGCAGUUUCUAUCAUGAAGAUAGCGAACGACAUAAGAUUUCUGGGCAGCGGGCCGAGAUGUGGUCUCGGCGAAUUAUCCCUUCCAGAAAAUGAACCAGGUAGUUCAAUUAUGCCAGGUAAAGUAAAUCCAACCCAAUGUGAAGCCAUAACAAUGGUAUGCGCCCAAGUUAUGGGAAACCAUGUCGCAACAACCAUUGGUGGAAGCAAUGGUCAUUUUGAACUAAAUGUGUUCAAACCAGUAAUUGUAGCAAACACAUUGAGAUCCGCUCGACUACUAGGGGAUGCUUCGGCCGCAUUCACGAAGAAUUGUGUUGUUGGUAUCGAAGCUAAUAAAGAUAAUAUUAGUAAAAUUAUGAACGAAAGUCUGAUGCUAGUCACUGCACUCAAUCCCCACAUCGGCUACGACAAGGCGGCAAAGAUUGCGAAGCAAGCUCACAAGGAGAAGCUGACGUUGAAAGAAUCCGCAUUAAAGAACGGUUUGACCGAAGAACAGUUCAAUCAGUGGGUCAAGCCUGAACAGAUGCUUGGGCCCAAGUGAACAUCCUGAAAUUAAUUUAAUUGUACUAUAUCAUUACACUUACAAUAAUAAAGCUAGUAAUUUUUGUUACA